UUUUUUUUUUUUUUUGGGAGGCAGUUUGGAAAUUAAAAACAGUUUUUUUUGUUUCUUUUUUUUCCUACCAACAUGAGAUAUUGUAAUUUGAAAGGAUUCCUGGUGGUUUUGAUAUUACAGCACUCCACAUCUGAAGGUAAAAUGCUAAAUUUCUCAUUUCCUUCACAAAGUAGGUUGUAUGGGUGAAUUUUUGAUGGGUAGAGAGAAGUGUUCACUGAAUUAUUUGCUGUUUUUCCAAGAAAUACCUUGUGAUGAGCCAAACAUUUCAAUUGAACUAAAUAAAAUUGAUGAAUGGAAAUUAAAAUGAAUGUCUAUUGUAGAAUGGAGAGAUUUUACCACACAACAUGUACCAUAGAUUGAUUCUGAUGCCACAAAUGGCAAGAAAUCCACCAUUUACCCCUUAACUGGCUCACCAAUCUUUUUUUCUUAAGUAGUCAGUAUAUUGCAAAAUAAUAAUCAGACUAGUCAUUCUUUUUGAUUGAACACCAACAUUCUUCCUACCGUCUCUUUAGAUGUGUCUACCCCCACUCCUUCCAUGGAGGUCAUCCACCAAAACGUCCAGAGCUUACCACAAGCGUCCAAGCAGCCUGCUGCAGAGACAGGGCCAGUCAUAUCCCCUCCUAGCUUAAAGGAUGUGCAGCAGGCUGUGCAGAAAGCCUCUGAGCAGGUGGAGGGUCGUGGGGCAGAGGAAGUGCUGAAGGAGUUGUUGGAGAAAGUGGUGGAGGCGGCUUUCGGCCAAGCAGCAGAGGAGGCCGCGGAGGUGGAGGAAGUGGAUGAAGCGGACGCACCGGGAGAGACGGAAUCCAAUGAAGAAACGGAAAUAUUGACAACAGAGGGGGAACGUUUGGGGUUUGAUGGGAAGAGGGAGAUGGAGAAAGUUGCUAGAUUUGAAGACGUAGGUGGGAACGGAGAAGUUCUUGUUGAAGGAAAAGGUCCAACAGGUGCUGAAUUAAUGGAGAAGACCACUGAGUCUGUAGGCAGUAAAGUCAAACAAGAAGCUAGCUUGAACGCCACCAAGGAAUCAUCAGGUAAUACAUUUAAUCAAGAAGAUAAAAGUUUAGGGGAAGCUAAAGUACAAGGAAAGGACAACCAGGACCAAGUUGCUUCAAUAGAAGAAAGUAAAGCAACUGAAAGAAAAAUGCAAGAUUCAAACAAAACGUCAGUUGUGUCCGUGGCAGUCGCUAAAGAAUCAGAACAGAACAAAACUGUUGAAGAUUCUGAAACCACUCUGGGUGUGAAGGAGGAGGAACCGGCAGAGUUUGAUCAAGAGAAAAAAGAAACUCGAAUAAAGAAAGUCAAAGGGGAGACGAUUGAGCCGUCUGCAAACAAUUCUAAGACAAAUGCAGAAGAGAUGACACAGAAGGAACUCCAAGGAGCUGAUGGAUAUGGCUUUUUGUUGGAGGAAAGUACAAAAAAAGGUUCACACUUCACGGGAGCAACAAGAGGGGAAAAAGGAACUGGAACCAAAGAAGAAACUGUCACAUUGAUGAACGAGGGCAAUGACAAAAAAGUGGGUCCAGAUGAACAAAUAGUUGGGGAGGACUCUCAUGGCAGUGAAAGAGAGAAUCAAGAAAUCCUGGAACUCUCCAGCCCCUGGCCUGUGGACGGAGAGGACGUUUUCAUUGGACAGAGCCCCGACAACCAACCUCCCACCCUAAAUCUAUCACUUUAUAGAAUGAAAGGAGGAGAGAGUGUCGAGUGUAAUGAAAAAUACCAGCAAGGCAACAAAAUCAUCAUUCCCACUCAUAACCUUUCGCUGCAUGACCUUGACAUGGCCCAACCUACGCUGGAGAACUCUGAGAAUGAUGUUCUGGCUGAGCACCCUCUGGCAGAGAAUGAGCCAUUUGGAAAGGCAGAUGAGCUGAAGGUGGAAGGUGGAAAGUGGAAUGAGGUGGAGGAAAAACCUAGAAUCAGAGAGACAAAUGAGCAAGGCCUGAGGGCAUGGAAAAUUGGAGCUACGUUCGCAGCCGUUUUUCUGAUUGUGGAGACUGCUGUUAUCAUUAUCUAUAUCCUCAAAUGUCAAAAGAAAAAAGGCACCGCGGGCCUGCAGCGGGCAUGUGAGGAGGCCUGUGCUGACCCUGAGGCGGCUACAGGAAGCCUCUGCAGUGACGACACUUUACCCGCAGAAAACGGAGAGCCGAAACAGAGAGCUGGCCUCCUCUCAUCUGAUGUGGCGUCAACGGCGACCACAAAAAGGGGGCAGCGAGAAGAUCAGUGUCAGAUGGCCAUGUCAGACCUCCAGCCAAGCUCCGCGGGACCAGAACCAGACUCCUCACAGACCCUUCGGACUUCCAUCUGAGAAGCCCCACUGUGUCUCUGCUCCUACUGUGUCUAAACAAGCACAAGAGGAGCAAAAAAAAAAAAAUACACUUUUUGUUCCUGUUUCACCUGAACUCUGACAAAAAACCAACACAAACAGGGCCUUCUCUGCAGUAAUAACAAGUGUAUCACCUUUUUAUUGUGUUUCUAUGUUUGUCUAUGAAUGCAUGUCUCUUGAAUAAAAAAGGAGAGGCUUUU